AUGCAAGACCCUACGAAGCAGUUAGAACCCACCAAUUCUGAGGAUCAGUCAAAUGCAAGUGGGGAUGUCGAUGAGUCAACAUCACAAAGUUUAGCUCGGUUGUAUCAAAAAGCGAGUCGUGCGGGAGCGCGUGUAAUAAAGGCUAAUCAAGAAGAAUUUUUAUGUUGGUAUCAGUAUGCAGAAGGAUUCGAAAAUAGGGUUAUAGAGAUUAGAUCUAAAGAUAGAGCAGUUACUGAUCCAGCAGCUAGGAGUCGAGUAUAA